UUUUGUCAUCAGUGCACCAAUAUGUUAGGCUUAAUUUCUCUGUUGUAGCCUUCAUCCUUCUGCUUGGUCUUUUUCAUUUUCCUUUCCUUUCCUUAUGCAACUUGUCUGAUCCUUGUUCAUUAAAGGGUAAUGUUAAGAAGGGAUAUAUCUGUUUGUGUUAGAACUGCCAAAAAAAAAAAUCAGUUAAAACAUUAAAUUCUAAUACUGUAAAAACUUGAUUUCCCCACAAUAUAAUGGGCACUAGCACUUGCUACUGCAAUCUAUAAAUAAAUUAAAACAAACUUUGACUGCCUUAGAAGGCAAAAGUACUAAUGCAGAGUUUAUAACAGGGGUUUACAGAGGUAAUGAAUUUAUACCAAAAUUUUCUUGAUUCUUACAAAGCAAAUUCUGAUAAAUCGAAAGAUAUCAAAUCAAAAAAAAAGGAAAAUUACUUUGACAUUUGUUUUCAAUUCUUUCAUUGGACCAUUUCUUUUUACCAGUAAAUCCCUGAUUGAGACGUUAUGAAAGUGAUAUUGCACCUAGGAAGUCAUUUUUAUAACCUGUCUUUAAUUUGGUCCUUUUGCUAAAGAUUGCAGUCACUGCUUAUUUAUUAUACCAUUGGGCAUCAGGUAAUAAUGCAUUUUUAUUUUGUUUAACUGACAGUAUUUGAUAGUAUCUAAAAGAAGGCUGUAUUUUAGAACUUUGUUCUCUUUUCUGGCAUGAGAUGUUCUUUAUUAAACAUUUUUUUCACUGUUCCUAAUUACCUUCUUAUUGUUUACAAGCAAUAAUGGGAUAUUGGUGAUAAGUAAUUGAACUUCUGAAUUUGUUUUUCAUUACUUUUUGAAACACAAAUUAAUCCCACAAAUACAGAGCAACUGGAUACAAGUGGUUGCUGGUCACUUUGGAAACAGUUUCUUUUUUUUUUCCUCCUGGACUAAUCCUAGUCAUGAUCAUGGCUUUUAUUGCUUUUUUUUUUUUUCCAAAUUUGCUUUUGGUAAUAUCUCAGAUUUAGACUGACAAAACUCAACUUUUAGCCCAAAGGUAUAAUAUAUAUGUGUGUAUAACAAAAAAACAAAAAUAAAAAAACAGUUGUUUACACCAGCCUGAGUGAAGUGAUGAGGGAAGUAAACAUUGUGUUUUUUCACUAAAGGUAUACAACGGAUAAGGGAGAACAGAUCCCAUUCCAAUCGUUGUCAAGUAUGAUGUCAUGGGCAUGGGUCGCAUGGAAAUGGAGCUUGAUUAUGCCGAAGAUGCUACCGAACGGCGCCGUGUCCUAGAAGUAGAAAAAGAAGACACGGAAGAACUGAGACAGAAGUACAAGGAUUAUGUUGAUAAAGAGAAGGCAAUUGCCAAAGCGUUGGAAGACCUCAGAGCCAACUUUUACUGUGAACUCUGUGAUAAGCAAUAUCAGAAACAUCAGGAAUUUGACAACCAUAUCAACUCCUAUGAUCAUGCACACAAGCAGGAAGGCACACAGGAUUAUUAUGAAUCUGAGAUAAUAGCUGAUGUAUUGAAAGCAAAUCCUUCUAAUUUGGGAGCCCAGAUCACAAGAAGAUUGAAAGAUCUCAAGCAGAGAGAGUUUGCUCGAAAUGUCUCUUCAAGAUCCCGCAAAGAUGAGAAGAAGCAAGAGAAAGCCCUACGGCGGCUCCACGAGUUGGCAGAGCAAAGAAAACAAGCUGAAUGUGCACCUGGAAGUGGUCCCAUGUUCAGACCAACCACAGUGGCUGUAGAUGAAGAAGGUGGAGAUGAUGAUAAAGAAGAAUCAGCGACAAACAGUGGCACAAGUGCCACUGCCACUUGUGGCCUGGGAUCUGAAUUCUCCACAGAUAAAGGAGGCCCUUUCACUGCAGUACAAAUCACUAAUACCACUGGACAGGCACAGUCUCCUGGGCUAGUCUCUCAAGGCGUCAGCUUUGGCAUUAAGAAUAAUCUGGGGACCCCAUUGCAAAAACUGGGAGUGUCAUUUUCCUUUGCCAAGAAGGCUCCUGUCAAACUCGAAUCAAUAGCAUCAGUUUUCAAGGACCAUGCAGAGGAAGGGACCUCUGAAGAUGGAACAAAAGCUGAUGAGAAGGGUACAGACCAAGGACUGCAGAAGGUGGGAGAUUCCGAUGGUAGCAGUAAUCUCGAUGGUAAAAAAGAGGAUGAAGACCCUCAGGACGGAGGGUCCCUUGCCUCAACAUUAUCUAAGUUAAAAAGAAUGAAGCGAGAAGAAGGAGCUGGGGCUACAGAGCCAGAGUAUUACCACUACAUCCCCCCAGCACACUGCAAAGUAAAACCUAAUUUUCCUUUCCUACUCUUUAUGAGAGCCAGUGAACAAAUGGAAGGUGAUAAUAGUACACACCCAAAGAAUGCCCUAGACAGCAAAAAAAGUAGUUCUCCCAAGCCUAAAGGCUGCAUCAAGGUGGCAGCAAGCCAAGGAGCAGAAAAGACAGUUGGUGAAGUCUCUGAACAGCAGAUGGAAACCAGUGUGGCUGAGCCCUCAGAGCCUGAAAGCAAAGCUGAGACAAAGAAGGCCUCAGGAGGGGAUGUAAGUGAGCAUAGUUUAGAGAGUCAGAGUCAGAAGGAUUCAGAGAUCCAAAUGUGUGAGUCUAAUCCUCCUAAAGAAAUCUCUCAGGCCACUCCAGCAGGGAAAGAAAGCCAAGAGGGACCCAGACAUCCUACUGGUCCCUUCUUUCCAGUUUUAAGCAAAGAUGAAAGCACUGCCCUCCAGUGGCCAUCAGAACUAUUAAUUUUCACGAAGGCAGAACCCUCCAUUUCUUACAGUUGUAAUCCUUUGUACUUUGACUUCAAGCUUUCAAGGAACAAAGAUGCCAGAGCUAAAGGGACAGAAAAACCAAAGGAUAUAGGAGGCUCCUCAAAGGACCAUCUCCAAAACCUUGAUCCUAGUGAGCCAAAUAAAAGCAAAGAGGAGGGAGAGAAUGUAGAACAUUCUUCAGGAGGCAGAAUAGAUGCGCCUGCUCCAGGGUCUGCCUGUAGCGGCCUGAAUAAGCAGGAGCCUGGGGGUAGCCAUGGGUCAGAGACAGAAGACACAGGGAGAAGCCUUCCUAUCAAGAAAGAACGAUCUGGGAAGUCCCACCGACACAAAAAGAAGAAGAAACACAAAAAAUCCAGCAAACACAAACGGAAACACAAGCCUGACCCAGAAGAGAAAAGCUCUAAGGCAGAGUCUGGGGAGAAGUCUAAGAAGCGCAAGAAGCGAAAACGAAAGAAGAAUAAGUCAUCAGCCCCAGCAGAUUCUGAACGGGGGCCCAAACCAGAACCCCCUGGUAGUGGUAGCCCUGCACCACCAAGAAGACGGCGGCGAGCCCAAGAUGAUUCCCAGCGGAGAUCCAUUCCAGCUGAAGAAGGGAGCAGUGGCAAGAAGGAUGAAGGUGGAGGCGGUGGCAGCUCCCAAGAUCAUGGUGGGAGGAAACACAAAGGUGAACCUCCAACUUCAUCCUGCCAGCAAAGAGCUAGCAGCAAACGGAGCAGCCGAUCUAGCCAUCGAAGUCGACCCAGUAGUGGAGAUGAGGAUAGUGAUGAUGCUUCAUCACGCCGGCUGCACCAGAAGUCUCCAUCCCAGUACAGUGAGGAGGAGGAGGAGGAAGAGGAGGAAGAAGAGUCGGGCAGUGAGCAUUCCCGUAGCCGCUCACGGUCUGGCCGGCACCAUUCCUCUCGCCGUUCCUCCCGGCGUUCUUACUCAAGUAGCUCAGAUGCUUCUUCAGACCAGAGCUGCUAUAGUAGACAACACAGUUACUCUGAUGACAGCUACAGUGAUUAUAGUGACCGAUCACGAAGGCACUCCAAGCGCUCCCACGACUCUGAUGACUCAGACUAUACCAGUUCCAAGCACCGGUCCAAGCGGCACAAAUAUUCAUCUUCUGAUGACGACUAUAGCCUCAGUUGCAGCCAGUCCCGAAGCCGAUCUCGGAGUCAUACUAGGGAGCGCUCAAGAUCCAGGGGCCGCAGCCGCAGCAGCAGUUGUAGUCGCAGCCGGAGCAAACGGAGAAGCCGCAGCACCACAGCCCACAGCUGGCAGCGGAGUCGGAGCUAUAGCCGGGACCGCAGCUGCAGCACCCGGAGCCCUUCGCAGAGAUCAGGCUCCAGGAAGGGAUCGUGGGGUCACGAGAGCCCUGAGGAGAGGCGUUCUGGUCGUCGAGACUUCAUUCGCUCUAAAAUCUACCGCUCCCAGUCUCCCCACUAUUUCCGAUCAGGCCGGGGCGAAGGUUCCGGGGAGAAGAAGAAAGAAGAUGGCAGAGGAGAUGAUGGUAAAGGGAUAGGCCCACCCUCCCAGAACAGCAGCACUGGCCCAGGAAGAGGGUCAGAAGGUGACUGCAGCCCUGAAGACAAGAACUCUGUCACUGCCAAACUGCUACUGGAGAAGAUCCAGUCAAGGAAAGUGGAGAGGAAACCCAGUGUGAGUGAGGAGGUGCUGGCCACCCCUAAUAAAGCCGGGCUCAAGCUCAAGGACCCUCCACAAGGUUAUUUUGGGCCCAAGCUCCCCCCUUCUCUUGGCAAUAAGCCUGUCCUUCCACUGAUAGGGAAGCUCCCAGCUACCCGAAAGCCCAACACCAAGAAAUGUGAAGAGUCUGGCUUAGAAAGGGGGGAAGAGCAAGAGCAGUCAGAGACAGAAGAAGGGCCUCCAGGGAAUAGUGAUGCCCCAUUUGGACAUCAGUUCUCAGAGGAAACAUCUGGCCCCUUAUCAGACCCACCCCCAGAAGAGCCAAAGUCUGAAGAAGCUACUGCUGAUCACCCUGUGGCUCCGUUAGGCACCCCAGUGCACUCUGACUGCUAUCCUGGGGACCCAUCCAUCUCCCAUAACUACCUCCCUGACCCCAGUGAUGGGGACACCCUCGAGUCCCUGGAUAGUGGCAGUCAACCAGGCCCUGUGGAAUCCAGCUUGCUGCCUAUAGCGUCAGACCUUGAGCACUUCCCCAGUUAUGCACCUCCCAGUGGGGAGCCUAGUAUUGAGUCAGCUGAUGGGGUUGAGGAUGCUUCCCUAGCCCCACUGGAAAGCCAGCCCAUCACCUUCACUCCCGAGGAGAUGGAGAAGUACAGCAAGCUCCAGCAGGCCGCACAGCAACACAUCCAGCAGCAGCUUCUGGCCAAGCAAGUAAAGGCCUUUCCCGCCUCGGCUGCCCUGGCCCCAGCCACUCCAGCCUUGCAGCCCAUCCACAUUCAGCAGCCGGCCACAGCCUCUGCCACCUCCAUCACAACUGUUCAGCAUGCCAUCCUACAACAUCAUGCCGCAGCAGCUGCUGCUGCCAUUGGCAUUCACCCCCACCCUCAUCCCCAGCCACUUGCCCAAGUACAUCAUAUUCCCCAGCCCCACCUGACCCCCAUUUCCUUGUCCCACCUCACUCACUCAAUCAUCCCUGGCCAUCCUGCCACCUUUCUAGCUAGCCAUCCCAUCCAUAUUAUUCCCGCCUCAGCCAUCCAUCCUGGGCCCUUUACCUUCCACCCUGUUCCACAUGCUGCCCUCUACCCUACCCUACUUGCUCCCCGGCCUGCUGCAGCAGCUGCCACUGCCCUCCACCUUCACCCACUACUUCACCCCAUCUUCUCAGGUCAGGACCUGCAGCACCCCCCCAGCCAUGGAACAUGAGUUGGGGGAUAGGAGCCCAGGUAGGGCCAGGGAAGGUGACCCAUAAAUCUUCCCUUGGGGUGUUGAGCCAUUAAUACCAGCAAGUAGAAGCUGGAAUGGGCAGUGUCUGACAGCCAAAGAAUUGAGUUUUGGCUUGCAGGGGUGGUUUUAGAUUUGAGGUUUGCUUUGGGUUUACUAUCAGGGAUUUUUUUCCCUUUUCCCCUUUCUGUUUGUCCCUCCCUCUCCUAUGUUUCUAAGCUUGGGAACACCAGUAAGUGCUACCCACCCCUCUUUGGCAACAUCUCCAAACUGUUGAGUUUAGAUACUCCCCUCCUCUCUCUACUUUCUAUCCUCUGCACUUGUCUAUAAAUUUUAAAACAUUUUCCUCCUCUCUGGCUGGCGGGUUUUCCAUCUGGUCCUGCCUUAUCAGUGUCUUUGACCUUGGUGACCUUAUUUAUCCCGGGUGAAGUGGAAAGGGAGUCUGACCUGGAACCAGGUGCCACUCAGGCUGUCAUUCGAUCCACUUCCCACACAAACAGCCACACAUUUGGCACUGUUGUCCUCGUGUCCCUCAUCCCAGAAGAGACAUCUGCAUAUCCCAGAAAAGAAGAUCCUAUCGUGAAUAGAAGCUAUGCGGAACAUAGAGUCACCCAUGUGCUUCCCCAGAGAGGAGCUCAUGUGUCUGAAGGGUGUAUUUUCUUCUGUCAUGUUGAUGUUUCCUUCUUAAUUUAUAGGAUUUUUUAAUGUAAAAAAUUGCACUGAACUCUAUAAACGUAAAUGCUGCUUUUUGUAGCUCAUAUAAAAAAGGUUCCAUAUUUGUAGUAUACUGCAAUAAUAUUUUUUACAUCCAGCUCUUUAAGUGAUCCUUGUUCUGGUGGCUUUGUGUAAAUAUGUUUGCCCUAGUUGAAUUAAGAAACUUUAAAGGUUAUAAAAUGAAAACAAAAAAAUAAAGUAUUUGUUUUCUGCUAGAUGCAAAAAUGACUAAGCAUGUAUAUUUUAUCAAGCUCAUGUAUUUUUUGAAGUUAUGAUCUAUAAAAAUGUUAAAACAGAAAAAGGAACGUUGUUUAACAUUCUUUGCAGAGACAAAAUUUGCAGUAAGUGGUGCCCCCAGCACUAGAAUUUUUGAACUAAUGGGCAGCAGUCAGCUGGGGGUGCCAGAGGGAUACUCAGUUCCGACAGAGUCUCCCUCAUGUGCUUUGCUGUUUUAUACAGAGAAACAGGUGCACCCCACAGAGGAGGAGAGCGAUUCAAGAGCUUUAUUGUCUGGAAGCAGUGAGAUUCAGUAUGAUUGUCCUGGGGGAUUCCUGGGUUUCAGGGGUGCCUGUCCCAGGCAGUCCAUUUGCCUUCCUAGUACUUAGCCCCCUCUGACAAAAUUUUUUAAUGUGCCUUUUGGGUUGGCUAGAAACUGAAGUAGAAGUAGACUGGAGGAUGAUAGAGUUGGGACAGUUUUUCCUCCUCCACUUACUGGGAGGUGAGCACAUUUAUAGAUUCUGCAGAUUGUUUUGCUUCAUUGUUUCCAUGCCUUCUACCCAGCUUAGUUUAAGCAGUAAAGAUACCUUUUUUUUUUCUCCCAUGACACUUAUCAGGGGAAGUACCACCUCAAUUCCUCUUCCUCCUCUUCUUGCGUUUCACCCGGCUCUCAGACCUAGUUAAUACACUGACCCAAAGGUGUUUAUAUUGUAGGUCUCAUCUUCUUUGGUGUAGUAGUUAGUACUUCCCUGUUUGGCAUAUCCCUGCCUAUUCCUGUGGCUAGAAUUGGUUGGGUGGUCACCUGACAGGAAAAACAAGCCCUUCUUAUGUGGGCCAGGGCUCUGUUCUGCCUUUCUUCAAUUUCCAAAAGAGAAAGGCUUUGAGUUAAUGACAAGCAAGUGCUGGGCAAACAAGACUCUCGACUGAGCCUUCUGCCUGUUCAGUGCUCCUCAUCUGAUUCAGAAGCAUCGCUUUUUUGAUAACUAGCACUGGAAAAUGAAAUCAUCUGUUUGAAGUGAAGGGACUCAUUUUUCUUUGCUUUCAGCCCAUGUAAAUAUUUAAAUAAUACAGUAUUAACAUUUUUGUGCUGCUUCCCAUUAGCUUGUAGAUUGAGCCAUACUCUGGCUGCCUCUCUGCCUUCCUGGAGGCAGUUUCCUUUAAUUUCCAGAAUAGUGAUUUUAAAACUAAAAAGAAAAAAAUAACCUAUCCUUACUUACAAGCAUAACAGAUUGUAUUUAACUUUAUCACAUAUGAUAGAGAUAUAUAUGCUGUAAAAUUAGGGAAAGGAACUUUCUAAUAAACCAAUGAUUUGUGGAAA